UUUGGUGAAGGAGUGGCACUUAGAAGGUAAGAAAGUUUCACCCGAAACUAGAAGGAGAAAGUGCUCCUAACAUUGGAUUAGACCCUCUACCAUGCUCCUCUGCCUCUGAACCCCCAAUGGAGAAAAUGUUCAUUGUGUUGUUCAUCAAUGUGCUUGUUUUCAGUGCCUCUGUGGUGACCACAGAGCAGAGUCAUGUCUCAGCUGUAGGAGACCCAGGAAUGAAGAGAGAUGGUCUGAGGGUGGCCUUUGAAGCUUGGAACUUCUGCAACGAAGUUGGUGAAGAAGCUCCUGACAUGGGUAGCCCGAGAGCUGCUGACUGUUUUGAUCUUUCGGGUUCUCUGAUUCACAAGGUCACAGAAGCUGAUAACAGCCUUGGCGUGGGGGAGUCGUUUCCUGGCCUAAAGUUACAAAAUAUCAAUGAUACAGACCUUUAUGCAGCUGAAAAGGAACUGUAUUUGGGUUCUUUGUGUGAAGUUGAAGACACCCCAAGGCCAUGGCAAUUUUGGAUGGUAAUGCUGAAAAAUGGAAACUACGACACCACGUCCGGGUUGUGUCCUAAGGAUGGAAAAAAGGUACCCCCUUUUAGUCCGGGACGGUUUCCUUGUUUUGGACAAGGGUGCAUGAACCAACCCAUCUUGUGCCAUCAGCAGACACAGCUCAAAGAUGGAAGAAUGUCAGGGGGAUUCAGCGGUACUUAUGAUUUGGAUUCUGAUUGUGGGGGUGAACACGAUGGUGCAUCUUACUAUGAGGUAGUUUGGGAGAAGAAAGUUAAUGUUGGAAGUUGGAAGUUCAAACACAAGCUAAAGACUUCAAAGAAAUACCCUUGGUUGAUGUUGUACCUUAGAGCUGAUGCAACCAAAGGAUUCUCUGGAGGUUACCACUAUGACACAAGGGGAAUGCUAAAAACUCUUCCGGAAUCACCAAAUUUCAAGGUGAAGCUGAGGAUGGAUAUCAAGCAGGGGGGAGGUUCGAAGAGUCAAUUCUACCUUUUAGACAUUGGAAGCUGUUGGAAGAACAAUGGUGCUCCUUGUGAUGGAGAUGUACUCACUGAUGUCACCAGAUACAGUGAGAUGAUCAUCAACCCUGAAACCCCAGCUUGGUGCAGCCCCAAAGGCUUGGCUAACUGUCCACCAUAUCAUAUCACUCCAGACAACAAAAAAAUCUACAGAAAUGACACAGCCAAUUUCCCCUACUCAGCAUAUCACUUCUAUUGUGCUCCUGGGAAUGCUGAACACUUGGAGCAGCCAGUGAGCACAUGUGACCCUUACAGCAACCCUCAUGCACAAGAGAUUGUUCAGUUGCUGCCUCACCCUAUAUGGGGUGAAUAUGGCUAUCCCACUAAAAAAGGUGAUGGUUGGGUGGGGGAUGCACGGACUUGGGAACUGGAUGUUGGAGGGCUAUCAAGUAGACUCUACUUUUAUCAGGACCCAGGAACUCCUCCUGCCAAAAGAGUGUGGACAUCUAUUGAUUCUGGUACCGAGAUAUUUGUAAGCGACAAAGAUGAAGUAGCAGAGUGGACUCUUAGUGAAUUUGAUGUCAUUCUAACAGAACCAGGGACCAACUUUACAGAUAAGGCUGAGAGAAAGUAGUGAGGAACAAUGAUUGUAAGAAAAAUUAUUCGGAUUUUAGAUUGUCCACAAAGUGUACACUUCUAAAUCCUAGAGGUGCUUCAACUUGAUUCACAAAAAUAAAAAAUUGUUUCGCAAAAUCUUAAUUUGGAGUUUGAAGUUACCACCACUAAAUAGCGAAUUUGGCAAAAUCAUGAUCGGGUAGGGUUUGUAUAACAUUUUGUAUCCCAGAUGAUGAUUUGGUAGAAAUGGAAAAAGAGUUGUUUUAUCUUU